AUGGACACUGCAAGCAACAACCAUGAACGGGAAAAUCGGAGCUAUAGAAAUUCAGCCGGAUCAGAUGCAGGUCGGAGAAAAUACUUAAGUUGCUUUCAAAGUCGUCUUGGAGACAACAUUAACGUUUUACCUCCACUUCGUCUGCAGACCGUGAAUGCCAUCUUGAUUGUUAUCAUGGUCCCUGUUUUCGAUACUGUGGUGUAUCCUCUGAUUGCAAAAUGUGGUUUCAACUUCACCUCCUUAAGGAGGAUGACAGUUGGAAUGUUACUGGCUUCCAUGGCCUUUGUGGUGGCUGCAAUUGUGCAGGUGGAAAUUGACGACGAUGGCUGCCCUGAGGUGAAGGAGUUUGAGGAUAUUUCCCCCAACACAGUGAACAUGGCUCUGCAGAUCCCACAGUAUUUCCUCAUCACCUGUGGCGAGGUGGCCUUCUCUGUCACAGGACUGAAGUCCUCGUAUUCUCAGGCUCCUUCCAACAUGAAGACAGUGGUUCAAGCAAGUUGGCUGCUGAUGGUGGCUGUUGGCAACAUCAUUGUGCUCAUCGUGGCAGGGGCAGGCCAGUUCACUAAACAGCUGCCAAGAACAAAGGCCGCAUCGCCCAGUCCCUGGCAAACAGGUGUAGUAUUGCCUCACCAAUCCACUGCUUCUCUGAGGUGCCCUAGAGUGUACUUGGGGAGAAGCUUCGAGAACCAGCUGAGGAGCAGCUGUCCUGUGAGACUGGAGAGAGUCCAUGACAGUCUGGAUGUCAGGAAGGAAGCCGUGGUUCAGGCAGAGGAAGCGGCUGCUGAGAUGACUAUCCAACCAGGGUAACAGGAGAAGAAAUGCUAGAAGAAGGAAAAGAAAAGAACGGCAGCGCUUGCCCUCGCUGCUUCAGAAAACAGUAGUAGUACUUGGGAGGAGCAUGAGGAGAUGGUUGAAAAACCCAAAAAGAAGAAAAAGCAAAAGCCCCAGGAGUUUUCUCGGGAGAAUGGGAUAGAAGACCACCCAUCUAUCUGUCUCCAAACCCAAGACAAAGAGACCUCUUUCAAGGAGGAGGUGGUUAGUAGUGGCCUUGUGGAAGCCACUGGCUGCGUGAGUCUUCCCAAGAAGAAGAAAUCUUCACCCAAGGAGGGAAUAGCAGUCAGUGAUCCCAAGGAGGCAGGCAAGAAGAGUGUCUCUGAGAAAAAGAGGAAGUCCUCUUCCAAGGGGGAGACAGUCAGCCGAGGGCCUGAAGAGGCUGCUGGCAGCAAGAGCAGCUCCAAGAAGAAGAAAAAGUUCCACAAAGCACCCCAGGAAGAUUAGAA